UUAAGGUGAAAAAGAAAACUGUCUGAUCAAAGAGCAAAGAUGCAGAGCACUUCAAAUUACCUCUGGCUGUUGUCGGACAUUCUAGGACAGGGAGCGACUGCAAAUGUUUUCCGGGGACGACAGAAGAAAACUGGGGAUUUAUAUGCUGUCAAAGUAUUUAACAGUAUAAGUUUCCUUCGUCCUGUGGAUGUUCAGAUGCGAGAGUUUGAAGUAUUGAAGAAACUAAAUCAUAAGAACAUUGUCAAAUUGUUUGCCAUUGAGGAAGAGACAACUACUAGACACAAAGUACUAGUUAUGGAAUUUUGUCCGUGUGGGAGUUUGUACACAGUUUUAGAGGAGCCAUCUAAUGCCUUUGGUUUGCCAGAGUCUGAAUUCUUAAUUGUUUUGAGAGAUGUGGUGGCUGGGAUGAAUCAUCUCCGUGAGAAUGGAAUAGUGCACCGUGACAUCAAGCCAGGCAAUAUAAUGCGUGUUAUAGGCGAAGAUGGACAGUCUGUUUACAAACUUACAGAUUUUGGUGCAGCAAGAGAACUUGAAGAUGAUGAACAAUUUGUUUCUCUCUAUGGCACAGAGGAGUAUUUACAUCCUGAUAUGUAUGAGCGAGCAGUUUUGAGAAAAGAGCAUCAGAAAAAGUACGGAGCAACAGUUGAUCUGUGGAGCAUAGGGGUGACCUUUUACCAUGCUGCAACAGGGAGUUUGCCUUUCCGACCAUUUGAAGGACCUCGUAGAAACAAGGAAGUGAUGUAUAAAAUAAUCACUGGAAAGCCUUCUGGUGCUGUUUCUGGAAUACAGAAGGCAGAAAAUGGACCUAUUGAGUGGAGUUGGGAGAUGCCUAUUUCUUGUAGCCUUUCAAAGGGUCUGCAAGUACUGCUCACACCUGUCCUUGCGAAUAUUCUUGAAGCAGACCAGGAAAAAUGCUGGGGAUUUGACCAGUUUUUUGCAGAGACGAGUGACGUACUGCACCGAAUAAUAAUCCACAUCUUUUCAUUACAGCAGAUGACCUUGCACAAAGUUUAUAUUCACAGCUAUAAUACAGCUGCUAUAUUUCAUGAGUUGGUCUACAAACAGACAAAAAUACCAUCUCAGAAUCAAGAACUGAUAUAUGAAGGUCGGCGCUUGAUACUAGAGCCUGGCAGAUUGGCACAGCACUUCCCCAGAACAACUGAGGAGAAUCCUAUCUUUGUAGUAAGCAGGGAGGCUGUGAACAUUGUUGGAUUAAUCUAUGAAGAAGUUUUACUUCCUAAAGUACAUCAACGUUACGAUUUGGAUGGGGAUGCCAGUAUGGCUAAAGCUGUGACAGGUAUUGUAUGUUAUGCCUGUAGAGUUGCCAGUUCUUUGCUACUUUACCAGGAGCUGAUGCGAAAAGGAAUUCGAUGGCUAAUUGAAAUAAUCAAGGAUGAUUACAAUGAAAUGGUUCAUAAAAAGACAGAGAUUGUCAUCAGGCUGGAUUUCUGCAGCAGAAACAUUGAGAAAGCUGAAAAAAUAUAUGAGAAUUUGAUGCAGAUCAACUUGGAAGCAUCAGAAGUGGAUGAAAUUUCAGAGAUACACACAAAACUCUUGCGUCUCUCCAGCUCUCAAGGCACCAUAGAAACUAGUCUGCAAGAUAUCAAAACCAAACUUUCUCCUGGUGGUUUACUGGCUGACACCUGGGCAAAUCAGGAAGGCAUGCAUCCAAAAGACAGAAAUCCAGAAAGGCUGCAGGCACUGCUGUCUUCCAUCACAGACAUCUACUAUCAGUUCAAAAAAGACAAAGCAGAACGAAGGCUUCCUUAUAAUGAAGAACAAAUACACAAGUUUGACAAGCAGAAGCUGUAUUUGCAUGCUACAAAAGCCAUAGCUCUUUUCAAAGAUGAAUGUGUCAGCAAGUAUGAUACAUUUUUGGACAAAGCUGAGGACUGGACAAGGAAGAUGCUUCACACAAGGAAGCAGUUACUGGCUCUCACCAACCAGUGUUUUGGUAUUGAAGAAGAGGUGUCCAAAUACCAGGAUUAUAUAAAUGAGUUGCAAGAUGCCCUGCCACAGAAAAUGUUUGCAGCAUCCAGUGGGAUGAAACACACAAUGAAUACAGUCUAUCCAAGCUCAAACACAUUAGUAGAAAUGACUCUUGGGAUGAAGAAACUAAAGGAGGAAAUGGAAGGUGUUGUUAAAGAGCUGGCUGAAAAUAAUCACAUUUUGGAAAGAUUUGGUGCUUUGACUAUGGAUGGUGGCCUGCGGAACGUGGACUGUAUCUAGCUUCCAAAGGAUCUGAAGAGGACUUGUACAUUUUUUUCAAAGGGAAAAAAAAUACUGUUGGGACAGUUAAAAGCAGAUAGUAAAUCUGUAUCCAGGAUUUUUUUUUCCUUCAACAACUGUAAUAUUAAAGAAAAUGUAAAUAUGUAUAAUAUGUAAAUACAAAAGAAAUAUAUAUCUUUUCUUGAUCACUUUUAGGAUAGAAUAACUUCUGGCAGGGAAUUGAGCCCCUUGGAGGAUCUCUGAGGAGUCCUAAAGGGAAAAGUAUUGUUUAUGAAAUUGAUAUUUGUCUACUUUGAAUAUUGCCCUUUUUUUCAGAAUGCAAUUUAGUCUUCAUUGCAAGAGGACUUGCAGUACUCCAAAACACCCUUGUAUAAAGGGUAUUUUGGAUUUCCUUCAAUGACCACUGUUAUAUAGGAGUCUAGCUGAAUGACUUUGAUCAUCACAGAACAUGAUGAAUGUUUCAAAUGAGAUGUUUUUAAAUGAGUGCCAAUAGGGACUAAGAGUGCAGAUAGUACAGAAUCGAAAUGCAUUUCUCUUUCCGUUACAUCCAAACUGUUAGUUCACUUCUACUUGAGAAAGCAAAUUCACAAUAUUUUUUUAAGUUCUCUGAAUGUUUGGUGCCAUGUUGUCUGUAACCAUUUGACUGCUUAGUAUAUGGAAGUUUUGCACUCCAGCUUGUCAGAAUGAAUGUAAAAAUUCAUUUUUUUGGAGUACAGCAUUUUCAGACUUUCCCUGAAAUCUUGUUGCUCACCAUAACAGUGGGUACUUAGAACAGCUUCUUAAUCUUAUUUGCAGGUAUAAUUUUUUUAAAAGGUUUAAAAUUUGGUAUGAGAAGAACUUGUGUGCAGUCAGUAGACUGGAUAGUAUCACACCUCAGUAGUAACUGGAUAGUGGAAAAUAAGGUACCAGUCUAGAUCUGGAAAAGGGAUCACUCCCACUCCUGCCUUACAACUAAGGUACAAAACUUUAUUGGAAAAUUUAGUAAGAGUAUAUUUAUUUUCCAGCACCAGUAGUUACUACUUUCAGUACUUCAUGAUUGGGAUGCAGAGAUGCAGAGUGAAACAUUUUGCUCCAGAAUACAGAGAAAGAGAACAGGAAAACAAAAAUUCUGGAAACAUCCCUUUGUUUGGAUACUACAGAUGUACAUACUUGUUUCAGAUGAGCCUGCAAAUAUUACAGAACUCAUUCCUUCCUUGUGGAAACCUGGCCAUGGAUGUUCAGUGAAGUCCAAUAGUGCUUCUCAUUGCUGCAUUACACCUGUAAGAGCUUGACCAGCUGUAUUUAGAAUUUUCCAUAAUUAUUGGUGGAACAUUUAGGUGUAAACUAAACAACAUCAACCAGUGAUGACAUCUGGUAGUUUUAUGGUGCUGAUUCCCUGCUUAUCUGUCCAGGUCAGAACACAAAACAUUUUCAUUUCUUUUUUAGACAAUAUUUGGAGAGAAACUUGGGAAAUUCAUAAAUGACUGUUUCAUUUUAAAAGAAAAGGAAAUUUGCUUGCCUUGAUGUCCAAGACCUGCAUUCCAGUGUUCUUGGUGAGAAUCAAAAAAGGGAAUUCAAACAUUUUUACGCUCAUGUGAGCAGCUUCUGUCUCUGUCACUCAAAAAAUCUAGCUAUGCAAAAGGAGUGCAGCAGUUUGUCACACAUCUUUUCUGGUGUUCCUAACAAUUUUUAAUUACUGGAAUUAUGUGUAACUGGAAUGUUUUAAUGCCUGCUUGUACAUUUGUUCAUUCACAUCCACUCAUCUCACUAUCAGUAAAACACAUGAAUAAAUGUUAAAAGAAUUGUGUGCUCUAGGUGUGCAUAAACUGUAUUUUUUCCAACAUUAUAACACUUCAUUGUUUCAGAGUUCUUAAUCUUGAAAGAAAUCAAAUGCUAGGUGGAAUAUAUAAUUUUCAACUUCCUUAUACUGAAGCAGUCUGAAAAAGAAAGUUAAUUGUAGUAAAAGUAUAGUCUGUAUGUUGAAAUAUGUGCAGAAUUCUUUUACAUGUUUGAAACUUUUUUGCUACUUUUUAUGUUUAUUUUAAACAUUGCUGGCUUUAGUCUUGCUGAAUACAUCAGUAAUGUUAAUCAUGUUAAAAUUUCUUUUUCCAAAGCAAUUUUAAUGAAGCAGUAGCUAAGGAACUCCAAGUAAUCAGUUCAUAAUCUUCUGAUUACAUUAUUAUGAAGCAAAUAAUUUUUCAAGUCAAAGCAUAGUGUAUGGUACCAUCAACUUUUUGCUCAAACUAAGUGUCCUGAUGCUAUGAAUCUUGCUAUUGAUUUGCCAAAAGAAGUAAUAGAAAGUAAUAUAUGGUUCUUCUUCCUGAAGCUGGUUUACUGGUUUGGGGGGUUUAGCUGAAUAUAUUAAUUAUCUGUUACUUGAACAAACCUGUCUUCAUAUGAAUUGUGUAAAUGCAUGAGUGAACACUUUAAUGACAUAAAUACA